AUGUCUCUAGCCCGAGCUGCUCUUCUGUUAACCCAUGCGAACUUCCACCGCCGCGUAUUUAUAUCGCCGAAUCCCAACACGCCCAUCGAGGAGUAUGCGAAGCCUUCCGAGAAAGAGAUAGCGCCGCUCAUAAAUAUGGGGAUUGUUAUCUUGAGGCUGUCGUAUAGUCUCGUAUGCGUGCUCGAGGCGCUCGUGGUCGUGGCGUUCAACUUGCCCAAAUUUCCCUUUUCGCGAGCCGUUCUACCCAUCCUCACGUCUCCCAAUGCGACCUGUGCUGCGAACCUGCAGCCAAACACCCUCUUCCUCGUCGGGUUAUUAUUCACCUUACACGGCGACCUUCUUCGCCUCUGGUGCUUCCGCGAGCUCGGCAAGCACUUCACUUUCGUCCUCACAAUCCAGAAGGACCAUAAACUGAUCACAUCUGGGCCGUACGCUUAUCUACGCCACCCGUCGUAUCUCGGCGCCAUCUUAGGUUUUAUGGGGGAGGUUCUGUGCCACCUCACACGGGGGUCGUGGUUCAUGGAGUGUGCUGGGAGUGGGAUGAACGGCCUGAUACUGGCGGCGCUGAAGGGUCUCUUUUUGGCGAGGAUCUUGACUAUGGCGCCAUUCUGUGUCGUGGCGCUUAAACGGGCGGGAGAGGAAGAUCAGAUUCUGAAGCAUGCCUUUGGGAAGGAGUGGAAGGAGUGGGAGGAGAGAGUACCCUAUAGGUCAAUUCCUGGGAUCUACUGA